GUAAAGGCUGGAGCGGUUCCUUGGUUGAAGCGGAAAAAAAAUGGGAAGAAGAUUGCGAGGACGUCAGGCUGGGGAACCAUGACGGAUGAAGUGAAAAGACCAGUUGAAUGUUGCCACUAUGUGUGGUCAUGUGACUGAGCUGGGACCUUCCGUCGCACAUGGGAUCUCUCUUCCUCCUACUGACUUGCCAUUGUUGCCCUGUUGCCCUGUUUUCACCAUGAGAGGAUCUGUCGGGUGCUCUGUGCCCUCAUACUGGCGCUACCGUUGUGCCGCGUGAGCGCCCCCUCUCCUCCGGCAGUUACUGCACGGAAUGGCCUCUCUGGACCUGCCAUACCGCUGUCCUCGCUGCGGGGAGCACAAGCGCUUCCGAAGCCUGUCGUCCUUACGUGCCCAUCUGGAGUACAACCACACGUACGAGACCCUCUACGUCCUCUCCAAAUCCAACAGCGUAUGUGAUGCUGCUGCUCUGCUGCCGCUAGUGGCCGAGGGAGCUCUACUCGCACCUGCCAACAACAACGACCCGUUUGAGCCGCUGCGGCCUUCAGCUUUAAAGGAGCGCCGCUUCCCCUGUCGUGAGCUUCCCUGUGCGGACGACCUGAGUUUGACCCCGGCUAACUCCAACACUGCAGCCCGGUAUAUUCCCAAUGUGGAGUUUCCCCUGGGGGAGAUUUUUAUGAAGAAAGCCAUGACAUCCGCAGACCCGGGUCCACAUGGAAACCCCAGCACAGCUGUAGCAGUGGCAGCUAAUGUAGCGGCGAGCGCAGUGGAGGCGGCCUAUGAGGAGGGCCUGGCCAGGCUGAAGGCUCGGGCGUUCGAACGACUGGAGCUGGAUGAACGGCUGGAGAAGCUGUCGGAAGAGGUGGAGCAGAAAAUAGCGGCCCGUGUAGGUCGUCUUCAGUCAGAGCUGGAGAGGAAGAGCUCCGAGCUGGAGCGGGCCAAGCUGGAGAGCGAACGUCUGAGCCAGGAGAAACAAGACCUGGAGGACAAGGCCUCCGAGCUCUCUCGGCAGGUCGACGUCUCUGUGGAAAUGCUUGCCAACCUCAAACAGGACCUGGUGAACAAGGAGCAGGAGCUCAGUCACAAACAACAGGAAGUUGCCCAGAUCGACCAGUUCCUUCAGGAGACGGCGGCACGUGAAGCCAACGCCAAGGUGCGGCUGCAGCAGUUCAUCGAGGAGCUGCUGGACCGCGCGGACCGCGCUGAAAAACAGCUGCAGAUCAUCAGCAGCUGUGGCACCACGCCGAACGGCAGCCUAGGACGCUGCAGUCUGCAGGCCUCGAAGGGCAAUGGACGCCAGAGAAACUCCAGCAACUCUGGGAGCACAAGAGGCAUGUACCAAGUAUCAGACCGGCGUUCUUCGCCCAGCACAGGAGCUUCAGGGCGGAUCAAGUCUGUCUCACAGGGCUCUGGAGGUUAUGACAGUGACAGUGUGGAGAUGCAUCCCAUGGAGGACUGUCCCGAGGCCCAGUACUAUCACAUGCAGUGUCGGCUGGGCGAGGGGGGUUACGAGCGAUCCCCUGGAUGUGGCGGCGGCGGAUCGAGGAACUGGGGUCUUCGCAAACAGGCUAUCCAGAACUGGCAGCGGCGACCUUACAGGAACAGCACUGAAGGCGAGGAAGGAGACGUGUCGGACGUGGGCUCCCGGACCACCGAGUCUGAGGUGGAGAUGUGGGAGCAAGAAAGGAGAGCUGUGGCUGAAGUGCAGCAGUCGGCCCCUCCGUAUCCUCACCACAGCAGGGCAGGAUAUCGCCCGAACACAGGUCGGUCUGAUGGGCUCUACAACAAGCCAUGCCGCCAUGAAAAAAGCCCGUCCAAAUCCAACGAGGUGAUCAGUCCUGAGAUCCUAAAGAUGCGUGCAGCUCUCUUCUGUAUCUUCACCUACCUGGACACCAAAACCCUGCUGAGAGCUGCUGAGGUCUGCCGGGACUGGAAGUUUGUGGCUCGUCACCCAGCUGUGUGGACCAGAGUGCUGCUAGAGAACGCUCGCAUUUCUUCCAAGUUCCUGAGCACAUUGUCUCAGUGGUGCACUCAGACGCACUCACUUAUCCUGCAAAACCUCAAACCAAGACAGCGGGGCAAGAAGGAAACCAAGGAGGAGUACAUUAAAAGCACACGUGGCUGUCUGGAGGAAGGUCUGGAGGCGUUGUUAAAGGCCACAGGAAGUAACCUGCUGAUACUGAAGAUUUCACACUGCCCCAACCUGCUGACCGAUCGCUCCCUCUGGCUGGCCAGCUGCUACUGCCGAGCUCUGCAGGCCGUGACCUACAGAAGUGCCACAGAUCCAGUUGGUCAAGAGGUGAUCUGGGCCCUUGGAGCAGGUUGUAGAGACAUCAUCUCCCUACAGGUGGCGCCACUACACCCAUGCCAACAGCCUGCUCGUUUCAGCAACCGAUGCCUGCAGACGAUUGGAAGAUGUUGGCCACACCUCCGGGCUCUUGGUGUGGGCGGGGCUGGAUGUGGCAUUCAGGGACUGGCCUCUCUAGCGAGGAACUGCAUGCGCCUGCAGGUGCUGGAGCUGGAUCAUGUGAGUGAGAUCAACCAGGAGGUGGCAGCAGAGGUCUGCAGAGAGGGCUUGAAAGGUCUGGAGAUGCUGGUGCUCACAUCCACACCGGUCACCCCCAAAGCCCUGCUGCACUUCAACAGUGUUUGCCGUAACCUGAAGUCCAUUGUGGUCCAGAUUGGCAUAGAAGACUACUUUGAGGACCCCAACAGCCCUGAAGCAAGAAAAUUGUUUGAUGAGAUGGUGAACAAGCUUCAGGCUCUAAAGAAGAGACCCGGCUUCUCCAAAAUCCUCCACGUCAAAGCAGACAGUCUCUGCUAACAUCUUUUGUGCAGAUUCUUCAAGUCUUGGAGAGGUGCCAUCUUGGCUCCAGUCAAUCAAAAAGACCCAGCUGUUUUGAGCCCGCUCCACAGGGUUGAACGCGUCUGCAGCAUCGACAGAAACAACAGAAGAUCGCCAUGACGAACCAGGGCCGAGGCUCAAUGUGCAUACUCUACAAGAAAAAAAACUCACUCAAAAAUUUAAAUAAGGGGGGAAAUGAAUAUCUUCUCAUGUUUCUUUAUGACUGACACUGGUCAGGAGGCUUAUUUGGACAAACAAUAACACUUUAUUUCACACAAAGGGCCUGUCUCACAGACUCAAAUAACUCAACAAAACUGUCAGAUUCCUCCUUUUCAGUCUUUGUCUGCUUUCACCAUAAAAAUGGAUCGUGUCGUCGCACAGAGCCAGGUCCCUUUCUCGAAGCGCCUUGAGCCAGGUGACAGCGCUGUAUUUAUCUGUCUGCAUCUACACAAUGCUUGACAUAUACUCGAGACUACCUUCAACGCCAACAGUUUGUGGGCAGCAGCACAUUAUAAAGCGUACAUACUUUAAAAUGGCAGCAGGAGUUGGAAAUUGUAGAGAAAUUGAUUUCCUCAAGAGUUCUCAAGUCCUCAAGGUUGAGAGUGUUUAGAAAGGAGCUUUAUAUGCGUGUAUGCCGAGGAUUUAAUAAAUGGUUUUCCAUCCCUGCCUGCCCUGCACUAUGUGUGCUUAAAACUGCAACACUUACUGCUUCCACCCAGGACAGAAACAUGCAGCUCCAGGCACAGCGGAGAGAGCAAGGACAGCCUGCCUGUAACACACAGACCUUGACAGUCUUCUUAGCCGAUUGCAUGGCAGCAAUGCAUUUCCCCUCUUCUACCAUCUUCUCUGCUUCCCCCGUGUGAACAGCGUCGUAUCACAAACCUGGACUCGGUGGUUUUUUUGAUCGUUGUAAUAUCUCUGAGAGAAUGGGACACAGUAUCUGAUGCUGAAAGGAUGAUUCAUAAUGCAUUUCUCUCAAAAAACUGGUGCCAUUUGUAACAGUGUCUGUCCUCAUUUCAGUGAGCGUUUUCUCCAAUGUGCCAUUAAUGAGAGAAGAGGGACCAUGUACAGUAAGGCAGAUGUUUAAUCUCUUCAAAUCAACUUUGACUUAUUGGAGUUUGAUUUGAGUGCGAGCAGCUCUGGCUGAGCGUAACGGUGGUGUGUUUCAUAUGGAACAUUAUCUCCAGGUGUAUACAGGUGUUACAGUGUUUAUAUAUCAUGUGACUUUCAUACUUUACCAUACAAAACAGUGCCAUCCCUGGCUGAGGGCCUGCUCGAGCCUUAUUUAUAUUCUCCAGCCGACGUCCUCUGGCUCCCUCUGCUGGGCUUUCCAAGCACCUACACAGCCAACAGCCAGCUGGUGUGAUAUUACACCCUCUGCAGCAAGAAACAUGUAUCACCUUUCACUAGUUUUGCAGAGCUCAAAACCAAGAAAUCAUCUUUAGUUUCACCUGCAAAUGAGGAAUUUGAUUUGGUGUGAUUCGUUGCUGCAAUAGAGCCUACGUUGCAGAAAAUUCUCAAGAAGUAUGAGUAGCAAUACUUACUGUAGAGACACAUAAUGUACGCUCAUCUGUGUUCCAGAUAACUUAAAGAGGAUCAGUCUAUGGUUCACAAGGAAUACUACUUGUUUAAUGUCAAGUUUGAUCAAAUAACCCGUGUAAUGCACAUCUCAGCUCGGAAAAUACAAAUUUAUAGGACAGAAACCUGCUUUACAAGCUGGAGGGCAUGCCGUUUGUGGAAAGAUGCCUUUAUAAAGCAUUUAGAGGGUUUAUGGAAAAUAUUAUUUAUGGGAAUUUAUGGAGCUUGACCCAUGCUAGGGACCAAAAGUCAGGAAUUUCUUCUGCCUCUGCUGCGUUGAUGUUUUUUAAUCAGUUCUUGCAACUUCCUGAACAUCAUCAAAGGGCAAUGCUAAAUCACUGGACCUCCUAUUAGACUCUUACAGUCAAUGAGGCUGCUCUCAUAAAUGAUUUGUAGUUAUUCCUAUGAAAAGUAAUGCACUGGACUUUGUAGCUAUUCUGACGUAAUUUUGUCCACUGAUAAAGCAGCGUGAAAGCCACGUAUGUCUGCUAUCAGACAUGCAGGAGGGCCUAAACAACUGUCAAACCCAAGGCCAGAGGUGAGUUCAGCCCCAUAAAAAGCAUUGGACACCCUGAUCAGUAUGCUUGUGCACUGCCUUUUAAUACAGUGGGUUUAUAUACACAUUGCUGUUAACUGGGUCACAGCUCUGGCAUACUACGCCGUUUUGAGGAACAAGGAAACCGUAGCAAAACGAUGCACACCGCUUUGAGAUUGGAACGUGUCCCGGUGUUUGUGUCCUGUUGUUUGAAGUUAGUCCAGAAGAAGCGUUUUUUAAUUUGAGCCCUUUUCUUUUUUCCUCAUCUUAGGCAAGUGGUUUGGCACCUUAAACCUUAACAGCUUUACAACGGUUUAAAACAGUGAUCGUCACGCGUCACUUUUCAUAGGAAUCGUGCUGCGAAAGGUUUUGUAAGAAAUUAUACAAACCCACUCACAAAAUAUAUCAGAUCACUUAGCUGUAAAGGGAUAGUUGACCCCAAAAUCAAUAAUCUAUAUAUUUCCUCCUUACCUGUAGUGCUUUUAUCAAUCUAGAUGUUCUGCUGUGAUUUACAGAUGUCUGUCUUCUUACUAGACAACUCUACAGCAAUGGCUCUUUCCAGAAAUCAUGACUAGGUCACUGAAGAUAAUCCACAGACCUUAAUGUGAUCAGUUACAUGAACAAUACCAUACACUUAUGAGUUCAUAUUCAUAUAUACAUAUUGUUGUGUAUCAUAUUUUUGGCAGGGUAUGUACAGCUUUUAAAAAGUAAAAUCAUUUUCACCCUACCUGAAUCAAAAAAAUUUGAGAGCUUAAUUGUUACUAUAAAUACAAUUGCGUAAAAAACAAAAAGUUUACAGAAUUAUUUUAUACACAUAGCAAUCAAUGUACAUUGUCAUUUUGUUUAUAAAAGCAGCUGUUCAUAUUAUUAAUAAUAUUACAGAGUAAGAGUUCACCAGAGAUUUAUUUAGCUGUAGAUGACAUUAGACACAAAAAAAAAAAAUUCAAACAAAUAUGACAACAGGAUGGUUUUAUUCCGAAUUAAAAAAGGGUUUUUGGUUUGGAAGAGUGUAGAUAAAACACCAGAUUAUGUUGAAAAUUAAGCAUUUUUAAGGAGUAUAUAUCAGAAUUCAAACAUACUUCUAAACGCCAGUAAAAUUAAACAUUUUACAAUCCAUGCAACCCAAGCAUCUUACA